CCUGGUUGUCAAACAUGGCGGGUGUGUGGAUACUGACUGUCAUCGUGGUCGCAUCGGCUUGCUGGAUACAGGUUAUCAUUGGUUCCUGUCCAAGAGGAAAGUUCGGGGACUCCUGCUUCUACUCCUGUCACUGUGGAGACUCCUGUGACCAGACAACAGGAGUUUGUGGAGUUGGCUGUGAUGCUGGCUUGGUGGGAGGACAUGGAGCUACCUGCCAGAAAGAAAACAUUGCGAAAGGAAAAUCAGCGACAUCUCCUUCUGGACUCUAUUUCCCUUCGUGGUCUGCAGACAAGGUUGUAGAUGGGAACCAGGACCAGGAUUAUUCCCACAACUCCUGCUUCCACGCUAAACGGACUCCGAGUGUGUGGACAGUGGACCUGGGACAGCCGUACAGGAUACACGACGUCAGGAUAUACAACCGAUUGUAUUAUAUUGACAGACUCCAAACUGCUGUCCUCUCCCUGAGUAAUUCCAGCAGCUCCAUACCCGGCGUCACCUGCUACACCUUCCCCUCUGACACAGCUGAAACAGACAACAGCGUGUACGACGUGACGUGUGACGGCACAGGGAGAUACUUCACCAUCACACACAGAACAGAGACGCUAAAUCUGUGUGAGGUGGAAAUCUUUGUUUGCAGUCACGGAACCUUUGGCGAACUUUGCAACCAUUUCUGCCAUUGUUCUGACGGGCCCUGUGACAGAUUCAGUGGGAUCUGUGCUGGUGACUGUAGACCAGGGUGGCAAGGACAAAACUGUUCAACUGCGUGUGAUAAGAACCGUUAUGGCGUCAACUGUAACGAGACAUGUGGAAAAUGUGCUGCUGCUCCGUCGUCAUGUGACCGGCAUACAGGGUCAUGUGACACUGGAUGUCUUCCUGGGUGGACCGGGGUGGACUGUAAACAAGCUUGUGAACCUCAUCGUUAUGGGCCAAACUGUGUCAAGACAUGUGCCUCCAGACACUGUGUGGGACACUCUUCCUGUAACACAACUGGGCAUUGUGACAGGGGAUGUCAGACAGGGUGGACACUAAACGACUGUACAGCCUGUGACAGCCAGCACUACGGGCCUGAUUGUAUCAAGACCUGUGCCUCCAGACACUGUGAGGGGAACUCUUCCUGUAACUCAACAGGGCGCUGUGACACCAGGUGUGAGGCAGGGUGGACAGGAGCGGACUGUACAGCAUCUUCACCUCAGCAAAACAACCCAGUCGGGGAUGGGGAAAUACUUAUACAUGCAGUGACAGCAAUUGUUAUCUUGGUAGCUGCAGGGGCUGCCGUCGGUGUUGUUUGCUGGAGAAGGAGACAAAGACCAUAACUGCAGGAAUCUGAUUGCCAUGAUUACUACAACACAAGUCAUCUGUCAAAGGUUAAAACAAAACAAUCAUGAAACAACGACGAAACUCAAAUUGAACGAACAUACGAUGGCCUCAGCGUCAUGUCACGUGAAAUCCAGGGACCUGGAGAGAAAUAUUGCACGCUUAACACAGAGAAGCCAGAUCUGGAGGGUGGGGCAGCUGCUGAAGUGGCUGAAAUGACAGGUCGAGAUAUAUACGAGCCAACAGAACCACAGACGUAUUAAACACUUGACAGCACAUCACGUGAUAUGAUUGGUGAAUAUAGUGAACUGGGCAAGAUUGCAUAACUCUGCUGAUGCGGCCUAAAAAGUUAACUCACUCACUCACACUUUAUAUGUGACGUUUGAUAUUGCCGACAAGGAAUUUAUCCAAGCUGAGAGAAACGAUUGAAACAGCUCCAGCAUUUCUUCCAAUCGAUUGACAUACAGUGUAUGAACGAUAUAACCUCAUAUACAUAGAUAAUUGACAUGUACACGAAACAUUCAUGUGUCUUAAUGUCGUCAUGUCAGCAUAUGUCUUUGUAAUAUUAGCAUAUGAUUCCAUGUUUGUAUUUCGUCUUGACAGACUCGUUUUACAUUGGGAUUUGUCCUACCCAAACUACACCAUUUUUUUGGUUUGUAAUAUAUAUUGAUUUGUUCUUAAGGUGAGAUGAAAUUGGGUUUAACGUCGCGUGCAAGAUUAUUGCACUUUCUAUAGCGUUCAUCCACGUGUGUGGACUGCUUGUACUAGUCCAGACUAAUUAUAGUGCUAGCUUACUGAGAUACCAUGUCGCAGUUUAACAUGAAUACCCCACAGUAUACUGAAUCCGAGCCGACCAGAAUACGUUUACUUUUAUCAAUGUUAAUAUCAUCCCUAUUUCACUUCGGACAUAUGCAUUAUAACACAAUGUGAAGGCGUUAGAUGAGGAUCAUGUGAUGAGGAGAUUAGCCAAAAUGGCUAUGAGAGUCGUUUGAUUCGAUGCAUUUAUAUUUUUUAUACACAUGAUGUAAUAUAAUUAAAUUUUCGUUGUGUUCAUUGUAAUACGUGUAUUCUGAAUAGCUUAUUUGGUCACGCGAUAUUGCUUUCAUUCCCCAAUGAAUGUAAAAAUAUUAAACCACGCCCACCAAAACGGACUACUUUUAUCGCUACGGAAUGUUGGGAAUCCUAAUAACACAACCACACUUUCUGUUAAAAGUUGAAAUUUUUCUCGCUUUAUGUCAGACAUUGUCGGCAUGUUGAAAUGCCAUGUGGAAACCAUGUAGACCAUGGUAAUGGAUGCCCACACAAUUGAUGCACGCUUACAUAUAUACAUGUAUAGCGAGGCCAUGGUAAUGGAUGCCCACACAAUUGAUGCACUCACAUAUAUACAUGUAUAGCGAGGCCAUGGUAAUAGCUGUCAACACAAUUGAUGCACGCUCACAUAUAUACAUGUAUAGCGAGGCCAUGGUAAUGGAUGCCCACACAAUUGAUGCACUCACAUAUAUACAUGUAUAGCGAGGCCAUGGUAAUGGAUGCCCACACAAUUGAUGCACUCACAUAUAUACAUGUAUAGCGAGGCCAUGAUAAUGGAUGCCCACACAAUUGAUGCACGCUUACAUAUAUACAUGUAUAGCGAGGCCAUGGUAAUGGAUGCCCACACAAUUGAUGCACUCACAUAUAUACAUGUAUAGCGAGGCCAUGGUAAUGGCUGUCAACACAAUUGAUGCACGCUCACAUAUAUACAUGUAUAGCGAGGCCAUGGUAAUGGAUGCCCACACAAUUGAUGCACUCACAUAUAUACAUGUAUAGCGAGGCCAUGAUAAUGGAUGCCCACACAAUUGAUGCACGCUUACAUAUAUACAUGUAUAGCGAGGCCAUGGUAAUGGAUGCCCACACAAUUGAUGCACGCUCACAUAUAUACAUGUAUAGAAAUAUACUGUUUAUUUAAUUACAUUUAUAAUCAUUAACAUAUAGCAAGAUCUGUAGUUUCAGUUUCAGGUUCAGUUUCGUAGCAAUCACAAUGUCACAGCCUUAGUGGUAUUCAACUGAAUAAACAAUGAAUGUAUCAUUCCUCA